AUGGCUUAUAAUGUUGUAUCACUGUAUCACAAAUACUUAUAUAAACACUCUAUAAAUAAUAAUAUAUUAUCAGAUUUGCAUAAACAUAAUAUAAAAUUAGUACAAAAGAUCUUUCUACACAGUAAGCCUGCUAUAAUUUUAGGAAUAGAAUCUAGCUGUGAUGAUACAGCUUGUGGAAUUGUUGAUAGUAAUGGAACAAUUUUGGGUGAAGCAAUUAGUUCUCAAUAUUUGACCCAUUUGAAUUUUGGAGGAAUAAUCCCAUCAUUCGCAAGGAUAUUACAUAGAAAUAAUAUUACAAAAACUUGCGAAAAUGCUUUGAAAGCUGCAAAUUUAAAGUUAAAAGAUAUUGAUGCAAUAGCUACAACUGUAAAACCUGGCCUUCCUAUGUCGCUUAAAGUUGGAGCACAAUUUGGAAAAUAUCUAGCAACAGUUGGAGAGAAACCUUUUAUACCAAUACAUCAUAUGGAAGCUCAUGCUUUAACAGCAAGAAUGAGUGAAAAGAUUGAUUUUCCAUAUCUUAUUUUAUUGGUUUCCGGAGCUCACUGUUUACUAGCAAUUGUUAAAAAUGUAAAUAAAUUUUAUCUACUGGGUACUUCUAUUAAUAAUGCACCUGGGGAAACGUUCGAUAAAAUUGCACGAAAACUAAAGUUAAGAAAUAUACCAGAAUUUAGUACGUUAAAUGGAGGUCUAGCUAUAGAAACUGCAGCAAGUAAAGCAUCAAACAUAGACCAGUUUUUAUUUCCACCUACAAUGACAAAAUAUUAUGAUUGUAACUUUAGUUUUUCUGCACUCUUUUCUGUUUGUGACAUGUACAUUGAAUUAGAAGAAAAAAAACAUAACAUAAUUGGUGAUGCAGUGAUUCCCGACGUAUAUAACUUAUGUGCGGCACUUCAAUUAGCUACAAUAAAACAUAUUUGUCAAAGAACUCAAAGAGCAAUGGAAUUUAUUAAUAAAAUGUCAUUAUUUCCUGAAAAUAAACGGACAUUGGUUGUAUCUGGCGGAGUAGCAUGUAAUAAUCUUUUAGCUAAAGCAUUAAAUAUCGUGUGCACAGAAUUAGGCUAUAACUUCGUAAGAACUCCACCUAAACUGUGUACUGAUAAUGGAAUAAUGAUAGCAUGGAAUGGAAUAGAGAAGUGGAUUAGAGACAUAGAUGUUAUCAAAGACUCAAAUGAAAUUGAAAAGAUCGAAAUAGAAAAUACGGCUCCGCUUGGAGAAAAUUGGAUAAAAAAAGUAGAAGAAACGAACUUAAAAUGUAAAUGGGUAAAAAUAAGCAAGAAGCUCUUUCCAAACAAUUUAAAAAAAUAACGUCAAAUAUAUUUAUUUAUUAUGUUUCAAUUUGUAUAUAUUAUUUUUUAAAAACUAUAUUUCCGUUUUAAUUAUAUAAUUCAUUGAAAUACAAUAAACUAUACAAAUGUUGGCGCGUAUUGUUGCAAUUGUUGUUUUAAUUUUGUACGUAAGCGAUCUUCAUCUGAAUCCAUUUGAGUAGAAAUUUUUUCUUCUUCAUACUUGUCAAUAAUGUAUCUAAUCUUCUUUUUAAUUUCCUGUAUUUCAUUUGUAUUUUUUAAAAUUAAAGAUGUUGGUAUAAUAUCAUCAAAUUGCAAUACUUUUUUUGGUUGAAUUGAUUCAUCGAAUUCUGAAAAGAAUUCUGAUAAAUUACUUAAUUUUUGUUCAAUUUCACCAUAUAUUUCACUUGCUCCAUUUGUAUCCAUUUUAUUUACUAUAAUCAUUGUAGGUCUAUCUAACAAAUCAGAAUUAUAAAGUUCAAUCUCUUUAUUUAAUAAGAGCACGGUCUCUAGGCAAGAUUUAUGUUUAUGUUUAA